AUGACAGACACAAAUAAGCAAAGGCCCCCAGUCCCCAGCAGCUCAUUUGUUCCGGACCAAGGUGGCGGCCCAAUAAAGCAAGGAGCAGGGGGUGCUAAGAAUCCCUGGGUUCGGACAGGCCACCAAUGGAAACUGAACAUUGCAACCUAUAACGUAAGAUCACUACUUCAAGAAGAGAGACUACUGGAACUCGAGGAAGAACUACAAGGAAUAAAGUGGGAUAUUGUCGGACUGGGUGAAGUCCGCAGACGAGGAGAAGAACUCACAGUACUGAAAAGCGGGCACCAUUUCUACCAUAUAGGAAAGAAGAAUAAUAGUGAAGCAGGAGUAGGAUUCCUGGUACACAAAAGCAUCGCCGACGUGAAAACAAUAAAUAAGGUGAACGUGGGAAGUGACCACAGGAUGGUAAUGGGCAAGAUGAAGAUCAACACCCGACUAGAGAGGCAAAAACUCCUAAAACCAAAACAAAGUAGCAUCAACCUAGAGAAACUAAAAGAGAAGAGAACAGAAUUUCAACUGGAGUUGAAAAACCAAUUACAACUCCUGACGGACAAAUGCACAGACGAAGAAGGAAACAGAUCUCUUGAAACAUGGACUGAUCUGCUAGUGGAAAAAACCCCAAGAAACCGCCAUAAAGAUCGCAGGGAAAAAACCAAAAACCCGUGA